AUGUUUUAUUUCUACUUCAGAGGCUUUAGCAUUAUUUGUUCUAUUUUUGGCUUGUCUAAACCUCUUGUAUCAUCACAACCAGAUUAUAAUCCAUCAAUUUUCUCAUGGAGAACAUUAUGGUCGUUAGUUGUUGUUGCGUCUUUAAUAAUAUUUAGUGUGUUUCAAAUGAAAAUAGAUAUGAAUUCCAUCGUAGAUUCAAUACACAGUGAAAUAUCGUACACAAACAACGUUAUUGUUAGCGUUAUAAUUAUUCUAAACAACAUUACCAACUGGGAGAAAAUAUAUAGAAUGUAUGACGUAUUUGACAAGGUUAACCGUGAACUGAAAUUAAGACCAAAUAGUAUAAAAAUGAUGUCAUUAAAGUUGUAUGUAUGGUUUUUUAUUGAACUGUCCUUAUUAUCGAUAUUUGCUAUUCUUGAAAUUACAUACGUCGUUCAACCAUAUGUUAUAAUCAUUCGGAUACCAGUUUUUCUUUCCAUAUUCCAUUUAAUAGUACAUUUAUCAUUAAUGUUAUCGGUUUUGAAAGUUAUUAAUUUUAAUAUGCUAGAACUUCUAAAAAAAAAUAGCACAGAUGACGUUGUAAUAUAUAGCUAUGAAACAACAACAGGCGCUGUGUCAUAUAUAUUCAACUACAAUAUUUAUUUUCCUUAUGUGAAGUCUGAUAUUGUUAUUGAUUUAAAAAUUCUUUGUAAAAUAUACGAUGAUCUGUGCAGCUGUUUGCAAUUAUUAGAAAAAUGUCAUGGAGUUGAUUUUAUUUACUGUAGCAUAUAUGAACAUAUUUUGAAGGUCCUAUUAACUAUUUGGUUAAUGUUUACAAAUGCUGUUGCUGCAGUAACUAUAAUUACUAAAAACGAGACGACAGAGCCAUCUUUAGAGAUAAUAAAGGCUGUUGAAGUUAUAUUAUGGUUUUGUGUUGGAUGCUUCAUAGACGAGCAAAUGACUCAAGAGGUCGAAUACACGCAACUGCUAGUAAUAAAAAAUUUAAUUAAUUUCAAAUGCGACAAGAACAGAAAAGAAGUACUGAAUACUUUUAAUACAGUGAUAAAUUCAAAUCGCCUACAAUUCCGUGCAUGCAAUCUCUAUCGUAUGAAUUAUGGGACGAUCCUUGGGACUGUUGUUAGCGUCAUCACUUACAGUAUUAUAGCGGUUCAACUGUUGUAAAUGCAUGAACAUUUUAACAAAAUAAUAUUAAAUGUAUGGAAUGAAAGCUUGUCACUUUAAUAGACUU